AUGGACCCUUCCGUUUUAAUUAGUUAUGUCCGUGUAGUGCGGCUGCCCUUCUUUUUUCGUCAAAUUUUGAUGCAACGGUUCACGCGUCUUCGGUUCCCUUUUGGUGCUGGUGGUAGCCCUCUUCUUCGCCAGUGCCACGGUGGCUCUCAUUCCCAUUUCCCGCGCCCUCCUCACACUACUACUACUACUACUACUACUGUUGCAGCCUCUGGUCGACUCUUGCUUCGAAAACAGUCGUAUGCCACACACCGUUCUAUACGCCAAGUUGGUCAGGCUCAAGAUGCAGGAGCAUUGCAAAACUUGAUGCGACGCGUAAUGGAGAUCGAUGCUGAAAUCAACAACGUUAUGCCUGCUGAAGAUUUCAAGCCUAAUAGCCUGGCAUGCAAAGCCUAUUGUACAGCAGAAGCCUAUGAUUUUGCUGCACUCAAGGAUGCAAUAUCGGCAACAGCAACGACUACCACAACUACAGAUAGCUACUACAGCAGCAACGAUAGCAACAAUGAAAGUCAUGACAUGAUGCACGUUGAAAUGCCUCAAGGCGGUGAAGCUUAUGUAUUUGCCAAUGGCACGUGUGUCACCUGGGCUGCUCAAGAUAACGAAGAAUUUGUGCAUGAAACGCUCGGAUUAGCGCGUGUCAAGCCCAUUGGACAUAUAACAACCGAAACAAUGGCCUUUACUUAUGACCAAGACGAACCCACUGGGUUAAAAGGUGGCCUGAUUUUGCUCAAUCCAGAUCUCUCUCCUCAGCUGGCAAAAGCUGCAUUUUCUUACGGUCUGGCCAGAUCCGUCAAGCUGGCUACCAUCGAAGACAUGUUUGAUCAAUACUUGGACCGUGCACAAUGGCUCAAGGUAUCACGUAAAGACCUUCAAGACGCUUCCAAUGACCUGGCGCAACUCCACCAGCAUACCAUGUCCAAUGCGCGUGACGGAUUUCUGGAUACACCCGAACUCCAUUGGAGCAGGCCUGAACUAGAAGGAUACUAUACCUCGAUCUCACAAAGCCUGGACGUUCGACCACGUAUUUCAAUCCUCAACAGGAAGCUCGAACAUGCGGACGCUCAGCUCGCCGAUUUAAGGCAGAACUUGUCGGAAAGAAAUCAAUACACUUUACAAUGGCUUGUAGGUCUGGUGUUAGCCUCCAUUGCUGUUUGUAAAUUCUACGAACUGUCAACUGAACGACGAAAAGUAGCUGCACAAUUAGCAGUAGCAGAAGCCCAGGUUGAAGAUGAUUAUAGCGUUCACACUCCCACUGUUGUGACAUGA